UUUCCUCCUUCACGGCUCCCUCCCACUGGGGCGGGUCCCGUCCCUAUUCUUUUGUCUCUGUUUUUUCUUUUGCCCUACCCAGGUUUUACUCUGCAUAACCUACACCCCAACCUUUGACCUGAAUGGGAGCGCAGUGCUGAAGAUCGCGGAGGUGUGCAUUGAAACAUACAUAUGUAGCUGUCACCAGCGUAGUAUAAACACUGCUGUGCGGGCAACUCUCAGUCAAAUGCUGAGUGACUUGACUUUACAGUUACGACAAAGGCAGGAGAAUACGAUAAUUGAAAACCCGGAUGUACCGCAGGAAUUCAGGAGUCAAGGGUCAACAGUAGAGUCCCUCUGUGAUGACCUUGUCUCUGUGCUCACUGUUCUGUGUGAGAAGCUCCAAGCUGCCAUCAAUGACGGUCAGCAGCUGCAGCUUCUGUACCUGGAGUGCAUUUUGUCCAUGCUCAGCAGUUCCUCCUCCUCCAUGCGGCUGCACAGAGGCUUCACGGACCUCAUCUGGAAGAAUCUUUGCCCUGCUCUCAUCGUGAUCCUGGGGAAUCCAAUUCAUGACAAAACCAUCACCUCUGCUCAUAGCAGCAACACGAGUACCAGCAUCGAAUCGGACUCUGCGUCUCCAGGGGUUUCUGACCACGGCCGGGGGUCAGGCUGCUCCUCCACCGCACCAGCCCUCAGUGGGCCCGUGGCUCGGACCAUCUAUUACAUUGCAGCUGAACUGGUCCGGCUGGUGGGGUCAGUGGACUCCAUGAAGCCCGUGCUGCAGUCACUCUAUCACCGCGUGCUGCUUUAUCCCCCACCCCAGCACCGGGUGGAAGCCAUCAAAAUAAUGAAAGAGCUACUUGGGAGCCCACAGCGUCUCUGUGAUUUGGCAGGACCCAGCUCCACUGAACCCGAAUCCAAAAAAAGAUCAAUUUCAAAAAGAAAGUCUCAUCUGGAUCUUCUCAAACUCAUCAUGGAUGGCAUGACCGAGGCGUGCAUCAAGGGUGGCAUCGAAGCCUGCUAUGCUGCCGUGUCCUGCGUCUGCACCUUGCUUGGGGCCUUAGAAGAGCUCAGCCAGGGCAAGGGCUUGAGCGAAAGUCAGGUCCAGGUGCUGCUUCUGCGCCUGGAGGAGCUGAAGGACGGGGCCGAGUCAAGCCGAGACUCCAUGGAGAUCAAUGAGGCUGACUUCCGCUGGCAGCGGCGAGUCCUGUCCUCGGAACACACGCCCUGGGAGUUGGGGAACGAGCGGAGCCCUGACAUCAGCAUCAGUGUUACCACGGACACGGGUCAAACCACUUUGGAGGGAGAGUUGGGUCAGACCACACCCGAGGACCACUCCGAAAACCACAAGAAUGGCCUCAAGUCGCCAGCCGUCCAGGAGGGCAAGGAGACUCUGAGUAAAGCGUCAGAACCAGAAGCCGUGGACCAGCCAGAUGUGGUUCAAAGGAGCCACAUGGUUGCCUACCCCGAUAUAACUAACUUCCUGUCCGUUGACUGCAGGAUGAGGUCCUACGGAUCCAGAUACAGUGAGAGCAAUUUCAGCGUAGAUGACCAAGACCUCUCUAGGACAGAAUUUGAUUCCUGUGACCAGUACUCGAUGGCAGCAGAAAAGGACUCUGGGAGGUCCGACGUGUCGGACAUUGGGUCCGACAACUGUUCUCUGGUUGACGAGGAGCAGACCCCUCGGGACUGCCUGGGCCACAGGUCCCUGCGGACUGCGGCUCUGUCUCUCAAACUACUGAAGAACCAGGAAGCCGAUCAGCACAGCGCCCGGCUGUUCGUGCAGUCCCUGGAGAGCCUCCUGCCGCGCCUCCUGGCCCUGCCCAGCGUGGAAGAGGUGGACUCGGCCCUCCAGAACUUUGCCUCUACCUUCUGCUCAGGCAUGAUGCACUCCCCGGGAUUCGACGGGAACGGCAGUCUGAGCUUGCAGAUGCUGAUGAACGCGGACAGCCUGUACUCGGCCGCGCACUGCGCCUUGCUGCUCAACCUGAAGCUCUCCCAUGGCGACUACUACCGGAAGCGGCCCGCCCUGGUGCCAGGCACCAUGAAGGAGUUCAUGAAGCAGGUCCAGACCAGCGGGGUGCUGAUGGUCUUCUCCCAGGCCUGGAUCGAGGAACUUUACCACCAGGUUCUCGACAGAAACAUGCUCGGAGAAGCCGGCUACUGGGGCAGCCCCGAGGACAACAGCCUUCCCCUCAUCACCAUGCUGGCUGAUAUCGAUGGCUUAGAGAGCAGUGCAAUUGGAGGGCAGCUGAUGGCCUCAGCUUCUAUGGAGUCUCCUUUCACCCAGGGCAGGAGAAUUGAUGACUCCACAGUGGCAGGUGUGGCGUUCGCUCGCUACAUUCUGGUUGGCUGCUGGAAGAACUUGAUCGACACUUUAUCAACCCCCCUGACCGGCCGAAUGGCGGGGAGCUCCAAAGGGCUGGCCUUCAUCCUGGGAGCUGAAGGCAUUAAAGAACAGAACCAAAAAGAACGCGAUGCCAUCUGCAUGAGCCUCGAUGGGCUGCGGAAAGCAGCACGGCUGAGCUGUGCUCUAGGAGUUGCAGCCAACUGUGCGUCAGCCCUCGCCCAGAUGGCAGCUGCCUCCUGUGUCCAGGAAGAGAAAGAGGAAAGGGAAAUCCAGGAACCCGGUGAUGCCAUAGCACAAGUGAAACUAAAAGUGGAGCAGAAACUGGAGCAGAUCGGGAAGCUGCAGGGGGUAUGGCUGCACACAGCCCACGUCCUGUGCAUGGAUGCCAUCCUCAGUGUCGGCCUGGAGAUGGGCAGCCACAACCCAGACUGCUGGCCACACGUGUUCAGGGUGUGCGAGUAUGUGGGCACGUUGGAGCAUACCCACUUCAGCGACGGCACCUCUCGGCCCCCGCUGACCAUCAGCCAGCCUCAGAAGGCCCCCAGAGGCGGACUCCUCGGGGACCCGGAGAGCGAGGGCUCACCCCAAGAGCAGAGCCUGGAGCAGGGGAGCUCCCUGAGCGCGGCCCCCGUCAUCCAGCCCCUCUCCAUCCAGGACCUCGUCCGGGAAGGCAGCCGAGGCCGAGCCUCCGACUUCCGUGGGGGCAGCCUCAUGACGGGCAGCAGUGCCUCCAAGGUCGUGCUCACGCUCUCCACCCAGGCCGACAGGCUCUUUGAAGAUGCUACAGAUAAGUUGAACCUCAUGGCUCUGGGAGGUUUUCUUUACCAGCUGAAGAAAGCAUCGCAGUCCCAGCUUUUCCAUUCCGUUACAGAAACGGUCGAUUACUCACUGGCAAUGCCAGGAGAAGUGAAAUCCACCCAAGACCGAAAGAGUGCCCUCCACCUGUUCCGCCUCGGGGACGCCAUGCUGAGGAUCGUGAGGAGCAAAUCGAGGCCCCUGUUCCACGUGAUGCGCUGCUGGAGUCUUGUGGCGCCACACCUGGUGGAGGCCGCCUGCCAUAAGGAAAGACGCGUGUCUCAGAAGGCAGUUUCCUUCGUCCAUGAUAUACUGACAGAGGUUCUCACUGACUGGAAUGAGCCACCUCAUUUUCACUUUAAUGAAGCACUCUUCCGACCUUUUGAGCGUGUCAUGCAGCUGGAGUUGUGUGAUGAGGACGUCCAAGACCAGGUCGUCACAUCCAUCGGUGAGCUGGUUGAAGUGUGUUCCACCCAGAUCCAGUCGGGCUGGAGGCCCUUGUUCAGUGCCCUGGAAACAGUGCACAGUGGGGACAAGUCUGAGGUGAAGGAGUACCUGGUCGGUGACUACUCCAUGGGAAAAGGCCAGGCUCCGGUGUUUGAUGUAUUUGAAGCUUUUCUCAAUACCGACAACAUCCAGGUCUUUGCUAAUGCGGCCACUAGUUACAUCAUGUGCCUUAUGAAGUUUGUCAAAGGACUGGGGGAGGUGGACUGUAAAGAAAUUGGAGACUGUGUCCCAGGACCUGGAGCCACGUCCCCAGACCUGUGCCUCCCUGCCCUGGAUUACCUCAGGCGCUGUUCUCAGUUGUUGGCCAAAAUCUACAAAAUGCCCUUGAAGCCAAUAUUCCUUAGUGGGCGACUCGCUAGCUUGCCCCGAAGACUUCAGGAGCAGUCGGCAAGCAGUGAGGAUGGAAUUGAGUCCGUCUUGUCUGACUUUGAUGAUGACACUGGUCUGAUAGAAGUCUGGAUCAUCCUGCUGGAGCAGCUCACAGCAGCUGUGUCUAACUGUCCACGUCAGCACCAACCCCCGACCUUGGAUUUGCUCUUUGAGCUGUUGAGAGAUGUUACCAAAACACCUGGACCAGGGUUUGGCAUCUAUGCAGUUGUUCACCUUCUCCUUCCUGUGAUGUCCCUUUGGCUUCGCCGUAGCCAUAAAGACCAUUCUUACUGGGACGUGGCCUCUGCUAACUUCAAGCAUGCCAUUGGUCUGUCCUGUGAGCUGGUGGUGGAGCACAUUCAGAGCUUCAUCCAUUCAGACAUCAGGUACGAGAGCAUGCUCAACACCAUGCUGAAGGACCUCUUUGAGUUGCUGGUGGCGUGUGUGGCCAAGCCCACAGAAACCAUCUCCCGCGUGGGCUGCUCCUGCAUUAGGUACGUCCUCGUGACAGCGGGCCCCGUGUUCACAGAGGAGAUGUGGAGGCUGGCUUGCUGUGCCCUGCAGGAUGCCUUCUCGGCCACGCUCAAGCCAGUGAAGGAUCUGCUGGGCUGCUUCCACAGCGGCACCGAGAGCUUCAGCGGGGAAGGCUGCCAGGUGAGGGUGGCGGCCCCAUCCUCCUCCCCCAGUGCUGAGGCCGAGUACUGGCGCAUCCGAGCCAUGGCUCAGCAGGUGUUUAUGUUGGACACCCAGAGCUCCCCAAAGACUCCAAACAACUUUGAUCAUGCUCAGUCCUGUCAGCUCAUUAUUGAACUCCCUCCUGAUGAGAAGCCAAAUGGACACACCAAGAAAAGUGUUUCCUUCAGGGAAAUUGUGGUGAGUUUACUAUCCCAUCAAGUGUUACUCCAGAACUUAUAUGAUAUCUUGUUAGAAGAGUUUGUCAAAGGCCCCUCUCCUGGGGAGGAGAAGAUCCAAGUGCCAGAAACCAAGCUGGCCGGCUUCCUCAGAUACAUCUCCAUGCAGAACUUGGCCGUCAUCUUUGACCUGCUGUUGGACUCCUACAGGACGGCCAGAGAGUUUGACACCAGCCCUGGGUUGAAGUGCCUGCUGAAGAAAGUGUCUGGCAUCGGGGGAGCUGCCAACCUCUACCGCCAGUCUGCCAUGAGUUUUAACAUUUAUUUCCAUGCACUGGUCUGUGCUGUUCUCAGCAACCAAGAAACCAUCACUGCUGAGCAAGUGAAGAAGGUCCUUUUUGAGGACGAUGAGAGGAGCACAGAUUCCUCCCAGCAGUGUUCAUCAGAAGAUGAAGACAUUUUUGAGGAGACCGCCCAGGUGAGCCCCCCUAGAGGCAAGGAGAAGAGGCAGUGGAGGGCUCGGAUGCCCUCCCUCAGUGUCCAGCCCAUCAGCAACGCGGACUGGGUGUGGCUGAUCAAGAGGCUUCACAAGCUGUGCAUGGAGCUGUGUAAUAACUACAUCCAGAUGCACUUGGACCUGGAAAACAGUAUGGAGGAGGCACCGAUCUUCAAGAGUGACCCUUUCUUCAUCCUUCCCUCCUUCCAGUCGGGGUCAUCCACCCCGUCCACUGGGGGCUUCUCGGGGAAAGACACGCCUUCCGAGGAUGACCGCAGUCAGACCCGCGAUCACGCGGGCGAGCCGCCGAGCCUGAGGGGGACCAGCGGGGAAAUGCUGCUGCUGCCCCCGAGCCCCAAGGUGGAGAAGAAGGACCCCAGCCGCAAGAAGGAGUGGUGGGAGAACGCCGGCAACAAAAUCUACACCAUGGCAGCUGACAAGACCAUCUCAAAGCUGAUGACCGAGUACAAGAAGAGGAAACAACAGCAUAACCUGCCCUCCUUCCCCAAAGAGGUCAAGGUGGAGAAGAAGGGAGAGCCACUGGGGCCCAGGGGCCAAGGCUCCCCGCUGCUCCAGCGGCCCCAGCACCUGAUGGACCAGGGGCAGAUGCGGCACUCCUUCAGCGCUGGCCCCGAGCUGCUGCGCCAGGAGAAGAGGCCCCGCUCGGGCUCCACCGGCAGCUCCCGGAGUAUCUCCGCAAGGGACGCCGAAGCCCAGAUCCAGGCAUGGACCAACAUGGUGCUAACAGUUCUCAAUCAGAUUCAGAUCCUUCCAGACCAGACCUUCACAGCACUCCAGCCAGCAGUGUUCCCAUGCAUCAGCCAGCUGACCUGUCACGUGACUGACAUCAGAGUUCGCCAGGCUGUGAGAGAAUGGCUCGGCAGAGUGGGCCGUGUCUAUGACAUCAUUGUGUAGAAGACUCACAUUCCAUUCCCAAGGAAAUACACUAGGAGGGUUUAGAGUAUGUCUGCCAAUCCAGCUGAUAGCAUUUUCCCCACCACCAGCCCCAGUGACUCAGAGAACACCCAGUUGCUCCCUAGCUAAUCAGCAUUGGGGCCAUUCUGGAUACUAAGGUUGUAUCUGGAUGACACAAGUGAAACUCUAAAUUUGCACAUAAUUUCAGAAGACUCUACAUUCCUUGACACAUUUCUAAAUCUUAUUUCCCAAUGCUUUUGCCUGCAAUAUUAUCCCCAAAUGAGUCACUUUCAAGGGCCACUCCUUUGAAAACAUUACAUUGAUCCAUCAUUUUAUUUAUUUAUUUGGGCUGCACCGGGUCUUAGUUGCAGCAUGCCUGCAGGAUCUAGUUCCCCGACCAGGGAUUGAACCCAGGCGAUCCAUCAUUUUAAAAAAUGCAAUAGCUAAAGAAAUAUCUGCUGGUAAGUCAAGCUGAUAUACACACAGACAUGAUUACCAGACAUGAUUAAUUGGAGGAAGAUUUAUAUUAUGAUUAUGAGUUCGGCAGGGAAGAAAACAGUUGGAAAAAUGUAUUCUUGGGUGUCAUAAUCAAGAAAGGGAUGACUUACUUCCUCUGUAAAAUAUUCCAGAACAUUUCAAAAUUGUUCCUAAGUUGUCAAGAUUUUCUGGUUGGUAUUUGCCAACUUCCUCAUGUAAGGUACUAUUGUGCCUUCACUUCCCUACUUCUAAAGGAAGGAAAUUCUUUCAUGGCAGGAUUUUAAGUCUGUGGCAUGGCAGCCUUUGACACGUAGUACUCAGUGGUAUUGGCUGAUACAGAUAGUGCCAAAUGACUUAAGACCGGCCACCUGACUGUCCCAAAAGUCUUUGCUUUUGUUCCCAAUGCAAAAAUGAAAAGGGAAAGAAAAAAUGGUGCCUUAGUUCCUUGUUGCACACACAUUUCUAUGCUCCACAAUUAUCUGAACAUAAGGUAUAACAUUUUGUCUUUAAGAAAACAAAACAACUCAUUUUAUAUCAACACCCUUGGAAGAAAGGAACUCAAGAAUUCACCGUCCAAUGAACAGACUUCUCAGGGAA